AUCAAAAGAGUUUUAUGCCAUAAAAACAGCGACGGACCUUCAGCUUCUUCAAUGUCUGUAUCUUCUCCACCUUUCUCACCAAAAUCGCCACCUUUCUUCCCACCUUUUGCCUGCUUCCUACUCCACCACCGCUUACUCAACUCAUUGCGACCUCAACUGCAAUGCUCCGACAUGCAUUCAGACAAAGCAUUCCUCUGACAGGAAUGUCGACCCUCCGUCUCGUCCACCCCCAGUUUUCAUUGGUCCCAGCCAAGGCCCUCGUUGCAAGUCAAGUUCGCUAUCUCAACCUGCAUGAGUACCAGGCUAAGCAAUUGAUGGCAAAACAGAGCAUCAAUGUCCAGCGCUUUUCUAUCGCCGAGACAGUUGAGCAGGCACAGAAUGCUGCCAAGGCACUGAAGGCAGACCAGAUUGUGAUCAAAGCACAAAUCCAUGCAGGCGGACGAGGGAAGGGCGAAUUUUCGAGUGGACUCAAGGGCGGCGUCCAUUUAACAAGGGACCCCGCAAAGGUUCCGGACCUCGUUUCAGAGAUGCUAGGCUACAAGCUCAAAACACAUCAGACCACUGACGAUGGAGUGCUUGUCAGCAAGGUCAUGAUUGCUGAGGCAUUGGAUAUUGCAAAGGAAACAUAUUUCGCCAUUUUGAUGGAUCGCGAAAGUGGUGGACCGGUCUUCGUGGGAAGUCCCCACGGGGGAAUGGAGAUCGAACAAGUUGCAGCAGAACACCCCAGUCAUAUACACAAAACCCCAAUUGAUAUCGAGACAGGACCAACAGAGCAGCAAACGCUGGAUUUUGCCAUGAAGCUUGGUUUUCAAGGGAAAGCCGUUGCCGAGGCCUCUGAACAGAUGCAAAAGCUAUAUGAGCUUUUCAUCAACGUGGAUGCUGUCCAGAUCGAGAUCAAUCCCUUUGGCCUGACACCUGAUAACCAUGUGGUAUGCUUUGAUGCCAAGAUCUCCUUCGACGACAAUGCGAUGUUCAAGCAUCCAGAACUGCAGGUGAUGCGCGAUACAACCGAGGAGAAUCCUCGAGAACUGGAGGCAGAAAGUUGUGGACUGAGCUAUGUAGGCAUGGAUGGUAACAUUGGCUGUCUAGUGAACGGAGCCGGGCUGGCACUGGCGACAAUGGACAUUAUCAAGCUGCAUGGUUCAAAUCCAGCUAAUUUUCUGGAUGUUGGCGGUGGAGUGACGACGAAACAGGUCACUCAGGCCUUCAAGAUCCUGGCAGAGGACAAGAACGUGAAGACGAUUUUGGUGAACAUCUUUGGUGGGAUCGCCAGCUGUUUGACUAUUGCAGAGGGAAUGGUGACCGCUCUAAAGGAAGGACGACCCAAGGUCAAGGUGCCCAUUGUGGUGCGUCUGCAAGGCAACCAGGUGAAGGAGGGAAAGGAGUAUUUGAUGCAAUCUGGACUGAAGAAUAUUACGCUGAAGGACGACAUUGACGAAGCAGCGAUCGCCAGCAUCGAGCUGGCUGGCCAGUAGACCGGCCUCUACUCAUCGUGUUAACCUGUACAUACUUAUUACACUCUGAUCCGUUGAGGCUGUAAAUAAAUCAUAUGCGAACCGACUGUCAAGACGCGAAGAUGUGUGUGUCUAGAUGAUGCGGAUUUGAAAAUCGACUAGUCCACCCACAUUCGAGAAUCUCCCUGUCUCUCUUCUCUCCCCGGGGCUCUUUCUGGAAAUGAUCCCGG